AGGCGCAGUAACAUGUAAACACAACCGUCGCAGGCGAGUGUUGCUAUCUGAUGAUAGUACCCUUAGCUAGAGCGCUUUUUGUUGUAGUUCUAUAGUAUUUUUAUCUUUAUUUAUACGUUUUCUAAGAUUUAAAGGCACGUAGCAACACCGUUUAAUAGUUAAUGAUUGAUGUAUUAGUGAGCGAACGAUGUCAAAUCUAAAAGCAGUGUUAGCUCGCGAUGGUUAGCAUUAGCUUUUAAGCAAUGACAAAGCGGAGGACUGGCUUCAAGCUAGCCCCAAAACGUCGUUAGUUUUUCGUUUAGGUGCUAUUUAACGGUAUAUUUUUUUCUUUCUUGCCGUUACUAAACAAUUUUGAUACCUGACAGAGAAAAAUGAAUUGGGGUAUGCCGUCAUUAUUUACGUAAUUGGCACGUUAAGCAACAAAAAUAGCUUAGACGAGGCAAGAAUAGGCCAUGAAUUGACGUCUCGUCUCACAAAAAAAGAAAACUGCCGAGCAUCUGUAAGCAGAUUUGAACGAAACAAAUAAGAAGCUCCUAAAGGUCUUUUCAUGUUGACUGAAAGCAGGAAACGGCAGCACAGUGGUGGCAAUGAGCUCAGUGACCACCUGGUGCCUCAAGCCAAAAGGCAAAGCAGAGCUCAUCCUCUUUCCCCUGAGCCAGGCCGAGAUGCAUGUGACUCUGAGUCAUCUAACAGUGAGAGCACCAACAGCAUCAGCAGCACCGAGCAUGCGGCGGGCAGUCGGUGCGCCGUGGGCCCCUGCAGCCCCCUCAGCUUCGGUACCUCCUCAGAGCUGCUCCGUCUGACCAGCCAGGCGUCGUACCUGCAGAUCAACCGCAUCCUCAGGGAGGCCCACUUCCACAGCCUUCAAAGCCGAGGUCAGCUCAGAGACACGUGAUGGGGGGAUAAAACAAAACCCAAAAAAGUCCCCCAGUCAGCCGCCAAAGGACAGAUGCCCUGAAGCAUGUCACAGCCUCUCGUCACUCGGCUCCUCUGCACGUAUCUCCUGUUACCAACGAUGUGUGUGCAGAGGGCAGCAUCUGGUCAGGUGUCAGCGGACAUUCAGUUUAGCAAUAAAACUGACAACUGUGAUCAUCUUGAAACAAUCUUUGCUCCUCUUGUUUUCUGACCAGCCGUGUUUACUUGCUGCUUCUUGAGCCUCGUUGGAACUGAUUGACGAGCAAACGUCGUGUUUUGUCUUAAACGUUUGCUCAUGCGCUGCUGAAGUGGCAUCAACCUAGCUUUUUAGGCCUUUUAGUGAGAUUUUAGUCGUUAAUAGUUGGGUUUCAUAAUGCUAAAGUGGGUGGACCAGUCUCAGGGAGAGCAUUCUCUUAUCUCGGACUGCUCGUUUCCCAUCAUACUCCUCAUAGGGACUCCCUUACACGAAGCUGGAGGAUCCUAACUGGUAGUUUGGGUAGGGAGGUGCUGAGUUUUUCAGCCCCGUCUUAGUUAUGUGUCAAUAGAACAAUAGAUUUGAGAUACACGUGAGGAUGUUUAGGCUGUUGAGCGUAGGAUUUGAUCUUAGACUGGUAACAGGGUUUCAAACCACUAGCAUAGGCAGACCGUUUCUCCAUCAUCAGCAAAACCUAAAGGAAUUUCCUGCAACUGAAUGUCAGAAAUCAAAAAAGUCAUGAUUAAAAUAUGAUUUUUAGUGCUUUCUUUUAAACCCUAACCCUUGAUUAAAGUCAAUAUCAUGAA